CCGAGGCCGAGCUGGAAGGGACCCCAAAGGGCCGACCACUGCCCGGCCUGGGGAGGUGGUAGAGGGCAGAGAUCGCAAUGAGGAGUCCUCGGGCUCCCAACCAGCGCACCUCAGGAAGCACAUCAGGCGCCCCUCUGCCCCAACCCCUUCUUCGACCCCCGGGGAGAGGAGCCCAGGCCCAAGGCCUCCCGGGGGGAGCCCGAGCUGCCACGGACCUGGCCCAGACGCGCGAGUGGUGUCGACGGAGACAGAGACCGGAAGCGGCGGAGUGUCGUCAUCGCCCCGCGCCGCGGCAUCCAUCCAUCCAUAUGUUCAUCCCACAAGUUUUCGGUUUGGUUUGCAAUCUCCUGCCCCACCGGUCUACGAGCAUCUCCCGCAGGCGGGAAGGGAGGCGGGGUCGCCCGGAGAACCGCCCCGACACCACCCUCCGGCUCGCUCCGGUUCCCUCCCAGGAGCGGGGCCACGUGACGUGGCCGGCGGAGGCCGCGGAGCUGGGAGGCUCGUGUUCUGCCAUGGGCCCCAGGCCGCAGUUCUGGCUCGUCUUCCUGCUCCACCUGCUGCCCCAGGCAGCCCCCAGGUCCUUCGUCGUGGAUCGGGAACGGGGCGUGUUCCUGCUGGACGGAGUCCCGUUCCGUUACGUGUCGGGCAGCUUGCAUUACUCCCGGGUCCCCAGCCAGCUUUGGUCAGACCGGCUCCACAAGAUGCGUAUGAGCGGCCUCAACGCAGUGCAAGUUUAUGUGCCUUGGAAUUAUCAUGAGCCACAGCCUGGGGUCUACAACUUCCAAGGCAAUCGGGAUCUGGUGGCGUUUCUGAAGGCAGCAUCCAAAGAGGACUUGUUGGUGAUUCUGAGGCCCGGCCCCUACAUUUGUGCAGAGUGGGAAAUGGGGGGUCUCCCAUCCUGGUUGCUUCGAAAACCUGACAUUGUCCUAAGAACCUCAGAUCCAGACUUCCUUGCUGCAGUGGACUCGUGGUUCCAUGUCUUGCUGCCCAUGGUGCACCCAUGGCUCUACCACAAUGGAGGCAAUAUCAUCAGUGUCCAGGUGGAAAAUGAAUAUGGCAGCUAUUUUGCCUGUGACUUUAGGUACAUGAGACACCUGGCUGGGUUAUUCCGGGCCCUGCUGGGAGAUGAGAUCUUCCUGUUUACCACAGAUGGACCUCAAGGGCUCAGCUGUGGCACCCUUCAGGGACUCUAUUCCACUGUGGACUUUGGCCCAGCUGACAACAUGACCGAGAUCUUUGCCAUGCAGCGGAAAUAUGAGCCCAGUGGGCCCCUGGUGAGGGGGGCGGAAGGGGAACCAGGAGACAAUACCCACGAGGGAGGGCUUCGGUCAGUUCCCUUUUCCCUUCUCCCUCCCUCAUGUCUGCUCUUCAUCUUAACUCCACAGGUGAACUCUGAAUACUACACAGGAUGGCUGGACUACUGGGGUGGCAAUCACUCAACAGGCGAUGUGAAAUCUGUGACCAGUGCACUUCAGGGCAUGCUGGAGUUGGGGGCAAAUGUGAACAUGUACAUGUUCCAUGGAGGCACCAACUUUGGCUACUGGAAUGGUGCUGACUGGAAGGAGGUCUACCUCCCCGUCACAACCAGUUACGAUUAUGAUGCACCUCUCUCUGAAGCUGGGGACCCCACGCCCAAACUACUUGCCAUCCAAAGUGUCAUCAGCAAGUUCCAGGAACUUCCCUUGGGGCCCUUGCCCCCCCCUAGCCCUAAGAUGAAGUUUGGACCUGUGACAUUAAAGCUGGAUGGUGAUCUGCUGAACUUUCUAAACGCCUUGUGCCCUGACGGGCCCAUCCACACUCAUUUACCCCUAACUUUUGAGGCUGUCAAUCAGGAUUAUGGCUUCUUACUAUACCGGACAUGGCUGCCCCAGAACUUGACAAAACCAACCCGACUCUGGGUACAGAACAAUGGCGUCCAUGAUCGUGCCUAUGUGAUGCUGGAUAGGGUGUUUCAGGGCACUCUGGCACGAGACGAGGAAGACGCCCUAUUUUUGACAGGGCAGGCAGGAUCCACAUUGGAUGUGCUGCUAGAGAACAUGGGGAGGGUCAGCUUUGGGGCCAAUGUCAGUGACUUUAAGGGCCUGAUACAGCCUUUGGUCCUGGGGAAAGGGAUCCUCACUGACUGGCUGCUCUUUCCUCUGAAUAUUGAUGCUGCUAUGGACUCGGAGACUAGGGUAUUUGAGACCCAAGAGUGUGAUCUGAAGUCUCCCUCUGGCCCUGCCUUCUACUCUGCAACUUUUCAACUCCCAGGUCCUGCCUGGGACACAUUUCUUUAUCUUCCAGGCUGGACCAAGGGCCAGGUCUGGAUCAAUGGGUUUAAUUUGGGCCGUUACUGGACAAAACAGGGCCCACAGCAAUCACUCUAUGUGCCAGGACCCCUUCUCCUGCCCACGGGUACCCCCAACGUCAUCAAACUUCUAGAGUUGGAACAUGUACCUCCCAGGACUCAGAUCUGGUUUCUGGACAGACCUCUCCUCAAUGCCACUGUCCACUAAACCUGAUGCUGACCUCUGUCUGACUGCCCUAGGGAAGGGCUUGGGCAGGAACAGUGACAACCAGGCCCUUGGGGGUGAGGUGGUUCUGUGGCUUUUGCCAAGGCCUACCUUGGCAGAGAGGCUGGUGUAUACAACUGAAAUACUGUUUAUCAAACUUUAUUGCAUUAAAUUUCAGAGACCCUGUAGCUUCUCCCUGCA